UUCCAGUUUAGACGUUUCGUAUUUCUCAGCCGUAUCAGUAAUCAGCAAUCAGCAAUCAGCAAUCAGCGAUGUUCUCGCCGCUUUUCCUGCUGCCCCUUUUGGCUUUGGCCGGAGCGGCCAACAUACCGCACAUUCAGCACCUGUCGUUGAGGAACCUAAACCAGCAGGUGCCCGUGGAGAUCCAGCCGCUGAUCAUCGAUGGCUACGAUGUCCAGGGAGUGGACAAUGUGCCCUACCUGGCCUCCCUGUCCCUGACCAGGGCCACCUACACCCACGUGUGUGGGGCUUCCAUCAUCGGAAAGAGGUGGCUAGUAACGGCUGCCCAUUGUGUGUUGGAACUGAUCAACUUCAAUGGCGACGCGGUGGGAACUCCUGUCUAUGCGGGGAUCGUCAACCGAUCGAAUGUGACGGCCGCCCAAGUGCGCUACGUGGACUUUGCCUCCACCCAUCGCUCCUUCAAUGGCAACGCCGGAAGUGACAAUAUCGCCCUGCUCCACGUCUCCGAGAGCUUCGAGUACAACGCGCGGGUUCAGCAGAUUGCCCUGCCCGACAUCAAUGAUGAUUACAGCAACAAGACGGCGGCUGCCUAUGGAUGGGGACUCACGGAUGCGGAUGGCGAUGAGUACUCCAAGGAGCUGCAGUACGCCUUUGCUCCGCUGCUCAACAGCACCGCCUGCAAGGAGCUGCUCCCCUCGGAUGCUCCCCUCACCUCGCAGCAGGUGUGCUCCCAGGUGAAAACCUGCUACGGCGACGGCGGCACUCCCCUGAUCUACUGGCCCAUCACGGGACCCGCGGAACUGGUGGGUCUGGGAUCCUGGAGCUACAUGCCCUGCGGCUAUGCCAAGAGGCCCACGGUCUACACCUCGGUUCCACCCUACGUGGGAUGGAUCUACCAGGUCAUAGCCGCCUAUUACCAGCUGAACUGAGACACCUCAGGGUUGAUCUUUGCGUAAUACUCCAAAUAGUACUGCAUUAAAGUGUAAACACCGCAAGUUUCCGACUAUCUAAUCACGGAACUUGUUAACGCCAAUCGAAAA